UCUCCCAGGCGACGUUGAUAUACGCUGUCAGAAGGAAAGUAGCAGGGACGAUAUUGACUUUUCUUUUAAUAAUAAGAAGUCCCGUUUGAUUGAUUUUACAGAUUUGUGAGGACAAAAAUAAAAUAAAAUGGCUAGCCGAAGUUAUCCGGCCAACACUCAGAUUCAAAAGUUCUUGGAGGAAUCUUACAACAAGGAAAGAGAUCAACGUUUGGCAUGGCAUGCAAAGCUUGGACCUAAAGAAAGUGGGAAGUCGAAACAAUUCGAAGUAUUCAGAAGAAAAAUAGAAGGAGAUGCGAAACCAGCCGACGGAUUCUUAUCAAAGGUACCGAAAGAUAUGGUUGAACCCAGAUAUAAUAAGAAAAUAAAGAACUUUGAUGACGCGUUGGCCGACCGCAGUUCCAGGCAGGCACUGAGUGCCGAGAUGAGGCCCGUCUCUGGAAAAGUAAAGGAACAGCUCUACGACGGUUUCACCAAGGAAGGAAAAGGUAGAUAUCAAUAUCUCCAUGCCAGAAAUGAGAAGAACCCUGAGGACAAAUUUGCUUUCCCUUUACUGAGUUCCUGGGAGUAUGGAUGGCGGCUUGGUGACGUUAUUAAGAAAGAAGAAAUUAAGAAACCAGCUAAUGGACGUACACGAAUUGUUGCUGACACUUUUUACACCAGGACUGGAAUUCCCACGAAUACAUAGGACUUUUAGAAAUUUAGUGAGAUUGUUACAGAAGUGGUUGAGUUGAAAACAACAUAAUUGUGCAAAUAUUAGUAACCUGUGUAUCUGGGUGUAUUUUUUCACAUAGAUUGAAUAACAAAUAUAAAUAAAUGAAUAUACAAUCAUUUUUUAAUCAAUUUUGUUGUAAAUGUCAGCAAAAUAAAUUUGUAAAAUCUGCUUCAGAGUAGUUUCAAUCAUGUUAAGCUUGAUAAAGGAUAGCUGUACAGUACAGUACAUAUUUAAUACUUCCAUAGCAGUAUUAUUUGUAGAGAGCUUGUAUUAAAAGUAGUCUUCAUUCUUUUCAAGGAUCUGUCUGUAUGAGAUUUUGUUUUGUUUUGUGCUCACAGUUACUGCUUAUUAUGGUUUUCUGCUCAAGUCUGUUACAUAGAUGUUAUUGAAUGAGUAUUAGAUGAACUUUUAUUAUAUUACUAUUGUCUAUGCAUUUGAAAUAUUUCGUGCCUCUGUUUAAUUGUAUAUCAUUGUAAACAAUAAUAUUUGGUCAACUUCAAAUGACCUACAAGCCUUUAUCAACCACUCCGUCCUUAUUGCACUGUUAUACAUGCUUGUAUAAAUCAUUUUGUAUGAAAUUAUAAUUCAUUUCAUGAAGUCAUUACUGUAUAGAAUACACUAUUUCAUCGGUUAUUGUUUUGAUUAUUCAAAUAAAAUGAUUUUAUCUC